AUGGACAAGCCAAUUGCCCAAAACCUGGACUUUCUCAAAUGCAGGCAGAUAUUGAAAGGAGAUACGCAAUUUUCUAGUCAACAUGCUCACCAAAAUUUUCCCCUGGCGAGCUGUGAUUCUGGUCUAUAUAUAUGCAGUUCUAACAACAGUGAUACUGCAUUAGAAUCUGACACGGAUUCGAGUAAUUUUAGCUCAAAACCAAGCCAAGAUGUGUCCUUGCACACUGCACUUCAGGAUGUCACCAAACUUCGAAGUGAAUUGGAGAGGUUAACAAAGUCCGAACAAUGGUAUAAGCAGGAACUUCGAAACCAGAAGAAAACCAGAUUGGAAGAUUUGGAGAGACUAUAUAGUCGAGAACGCAAAUAUAUGGAGGAAAAUCAAAGGCUGCAAAAGGAAUGUGUCCGUCUUUAUGACAAAUGCAGUGAACUGGAACGGGAAGCCGAAGGACAACAGCUUGGAACAGACAACAGCGGCUUUGAGCUAUCGAAACACGGCGCGUAUGUAACUGAUGGUAGCACAAAUGCUUUCGAAUUGCAACAACAAUUAUCUAUUAUAAAUGACCAACAACAAUUAAUCAGCGUGCUUAGAGCACAAAAGAAAGGACUUCUAAGAGAUCUCAAAUCGCUGACGGAGGAAAAAGACGAACAAAUUAUGAAAUUUCAGAAAUCUUUAGCUGACCUGGAGUUCGACAACAAACAUAUUACAAAGAAUUACGAAGAAUUUUCAAAGGAACGUUCCCUCCUGGCUAGCAGGUUGAUUGAGUCUGAGGGAAAGCUUUCGCUGGCCUUAAAUGAAAAACUCUGCUUACAAAAGAGCCUGGUUUCACUGGAGGAACAAUUAGAAGUACAACAAAAGCUUGUUGAAUUCAAAGAAAACGAAAUAACGCGGCUCCAGAUUGAAUUUAGAGAUAAAAUUAGUAGCGAAUAUGAUUUAGAUGAAGUACACAGAUUGAGUUUGAAAUAUAAUGAAGACAUAAAUAUAAAGUCAUUGCAAAUAAUCGAAUUGAAAAAUAGACUUAGUAGCUUGGAAGUCGAACUUGAAUCUCUACAGGAAUUGCAGGCACAACACGAGGAACAACAAAGACACAUUGAACAAUUACAGUUUUCCCUUGAGUCGUGCCGGCUGGAGUUGCAAGAAAUUAGGAAGUCCGAAAUACUUCAUAAUAAACUAAUAAAUGAGCUGAAAGAGGAAAAUGAGCUGCUGGUGCUGGAAAAAGAAGACAUCGAUAGAAAGGCUUUGCAGCAAAAGCAACAAUUUGAGGAUAUUUGUCAGGAGUUGAGAAGCGCUAGAGAUGAGUAUGCUGCCAUUCAAAAGCUAUACCAAGACACAAAAUUCAAACUGGAGAUUUGCGAACUUGAGCGAAACAAAUUUAAUUUUCAUGGUGAGAAUGAUCAAAGAGAGAUCAAAGAGUUGAGACAAAAACUUACGGAAUAUUUGCAGCAAACAUCGGAUUUAGUAGAAAAAUUGCAAGACCUUGAAAACAAGCUAAAGCAAACUGUGGAAGAAAACGUUCAAAUGAAAAAUGAAUUUGGAAAACUCCAAAAAGAGCUGGAAUAUCUAAUUCCCAAAUCUGCUGACAAUGCAGAUAAUCAAACAAAAUAUUAUGACUAUUGCAACGACUUCUUAAGACUUUCAAGAGAAUUUAAGCGAUUACAAUGUGUUCUAGAUCCAAAUAAAGAAUCCAAUCCAAUUGAUGAAUGUCUGGUUUCUCCACAAGAAGUUGAAAUAUUUGAAGAAGAUGUCGCAUUAAGAAAUCAAUAUGCGAACAAAGAAGAUAAUAUGGAGGACUUGAAGAUUUCUUUAAACAUUAAAAGGCAAUUGGUGGACAAUCGAACGACAGAUCGAAAACAGAAGCAAACAUUCAAGGGAUUAUUAAACGAAAAUGCGGAUCUAAGGAAACGAAUCGUAGAAAUAGAAAAUGAAGCCAGCUCGCUAAAACUUAAACAUGAUAUCUGUGACGUGGCCCAAAAAUGUCAGAACAUGCAAAUUCGGUUAGCAGAACAAGAACAAAAAGUAGAAGACUUACAAAAGCGACUACUUAUCAAUGAUUCUCAGCUUUACAAAUCGGAAAAGCAAUUGAAGAUACAACAAGAAGAGACAACCUCAAUAAUGGAUUUAUUUAGGGACAAUCAAUUACUGAAGGCUGAUAUUGAUAGGGAACUCUGUAAAAAGGCCAAACUGAAGGAACAAUUAGAAACGUCAAAUAAACAUCUGGAAACCAUGAAACAAAAACUCGAAGAAUUUACAUCAUUAAAAAAAGGAAAAGUGCACAAGGCUGUACAGUGCGAUAUGGGAGCACAAGAUGAAGUUUGCCUAGAAUUGAAAUAUCUGAAGCAGCAAAUUUUGGAUUUACAGAGAAAACAAGAGCAGCAGUUUUUUAACGAAACGCUCAAGUCAGAAGAACGAACUCAACUUUUGCAACAAUUGUCAGAUUUACAAGACUCAAAAAUGGAAUACCUACGAGAUAACCAAAAGGGGUGGCAAGAUAUGCUGCAAGCCCUUAAGCAUGUUCAGUUUAUGGAGGAACAAACGCGUAAAGAACUCGAAUUGAAGAGAAUGGAGUUGGAAGAAUUAAAUGAAGUGUUUGCCGAACAAAAUGACGAACUUAAGAAAUUGGAAGAAGUAACAGCUGUACUCGAACUUCAAAGGCAACAGGAAAAAGAUCAAAUAACUAGAACAUUCCAAGAAGAACUAUUUGCGAUGAAGAAACAGUUGCUCCAGACUCUGAAGAAGAUUAUGCCAGUGCAGUUGCUAACUACAAGAAAGAGGCGGCAUCAUCACUGA